CCGCACUUUCUUUCCACUAUAAUAGCUGUAUGGAUUGCCAUUUAGGGCAAUUUCUUUGACACACAGUCCAUUUGCAUGGCAGAAUUUUACUUUUUGUGAAUAAAAUACGUUUAAAUUAGCCACAGAUGCAAGACUUGCCCUUCAGCGCAUCUUCAGUACUGCUUUAAUAUGUUUUUCAUUUUCAGUAUGAGACCAGAGAUUUGUGUAUCAGCUAAUCCUUGAUGCUGAUCCAGUACUGAGGCCGACAUCCUCUUUAGCAAACAACUGGACUGUCUAAAGCUUCUGUUGGCAAGGUCUGAAUUGUCCAGCGGCACUCAGAUAGAGGAGCCAUGACAGAAGGGGAAGGACAUUUUUACAGCGUGCAGGUGGGAGACUCCACCUUCACAGUGCUGCGACGUUACCAGCAGCUCCGUGCUAUCGGCUCCGGGGCGCAGGGCAUCGUCUGCUCUGCUCUCGACACGGUCUUGGGCAUCCCUGUAGCAGUGAAAAAGCUCAGCCGGCCUUUUCAGAACCAGACCCACGCCAAGCGAGCCUACAGAGAACUGGUGCUGCUAAAAUGCGUCAAUCACAAGAACAUCAUUCGUUUACUCAAUGUCUUCACACCUCAGAAGUCUCUGGAGGAGUUUCAGGAUUUGUACCUGGUGAUGGAGCUGAUGGAUGCCAGCCUGUGUCAGGUCAUCCACAUGGACCUGGACCAUGAGAGGAUGUCCUACUUGCUCUACCAGAUCCUGUGUGGCAUCAGACACCUGCAUUCUGCUGGUAUCAUCCACAGGGACCUGAAGCCGAGUAACAUAGUGGUGAAAUCAGACUGCACUUUAAAAAUCCUAGACUUCGGCCUGGCCAGGACCGCCUGCACCAACUUCAUGAUGACUCCGUACGUGGUGACCAGAUACUACAGAGCGCCAGAGGUCAUUUUGGGCAUGAAGUAUAAGGAGAACGUGGAUAUUUGGUCAGUGGGCUGCAUCAUGGGAGAGAUGGUGAAAGGCAGCGUUAUAUUCCAAGGCACUGAUCACAUUGACCAGUGGAAUAAGGUUAUCGAGGUGCUGGGAACUCCUUCUCUGGAGUUCAUGAACCGUCUGAUGGAGACAGUGAGGAACUACGUGAUGAACAAGCCACAUUUCCCCGGAGUCAGCUUCAGUGAGCUUUUCCCAGACUGGGCUUUUCCGUCAGACACCGAGCACGACAAACUGAAGACGAGUCAAGCCCGGGACCUGUUGUCAAAGAUGUUGGUAAUCGAUCCGGAGUCUCGCAUCUCUGUCCAGGAAGCCUUGAAUCAUCCCUACAUCCACGUGUGGUACGACCCAGCUGAGGCUGACGCGCCCCCACCUCAAAUCUCAGACAAACAGUUGGAGGAGAGGGAACACAGCAUAGAGCAGUGGAAAGAGCUGAUCUAUAAAGAGGUGAUGGACUGGGAAGAGAGGAACAAAAACGGUGUCCUAAAGGAGGAGUGCUUAGUAGACGGUGUGGUGAACAGCAGCGCUACAGCCUCUCAGUCCUCGUCCUUUAACGACAUCUCGUCCAUGUCCACAGAGCAGACGCUGGCCUCAGAUACGGAUAGUUCCUGCAUCGACACCAUCGCUGGGGGAUUAGAGGAGUGACUGUGAGCUCCUGCACGCCAUAGCUCGCUCUCCUAAUCCCUCCCUCUAUCUCUCUCUCUUUUUUUUCCUUUUUCUUCCUCCCCCUCCUCCUCCACACAUCCACACAUUUUUCCAGAUGGCAGUGUGGGCCCCGUCUUGUUCCAGACAGACAGGCUGUGACACUCUGGGGCUCUCACUUGUGAAUCUCUCACAGAAUCAUUUUCCGCCUAGUUUCAUAGUGUUUUAUUAAAUCGAGUACGUAUUUUAGAGCAGGAACUAAAAAGGUACCUGUAGUUAUGGCCAAUGAACUAAAUUUCUUUGGUAGAAAUAAUUGGUGUCUAAAUAUUUCAAAGUUCAGUGAAAGUGGAAAAUGCAGUGGAAAUGUUCUUAUUAGUUAGAUGAUAAACAGCAGGAGAGCCAGUUUGCUAAAUUUACCAUUCACAUUAAUAAUGGCUUUUUGUUUACAUGCAGGCAUGCGGAAACUCCUACCUUUUAAUUCAGUUUAAAAUACAGAAUAAACUAGAAUGAACUUUUAGCUUAAAAGAUAACUACGAAGCUCAUGGUACUUUCCUUACUCACCACGCUCCCAUUUAUUUUUUUCUUCUCUUCCUCUCUCUCCGUUCCUGGUAGCUGAUAUAUUCCUUUUACAUAUUCUCACUCAAGAAGCACAGACACUCCUGGAGCAAGCUAAUCGCUAGCAAGUUCCCCUUUCCUGGAAAUGUUAGAAGUUCUCAAUGCUCUGCUUGAAGUAUUGCAUGCCACUCAUCUUGAGCUCUUUUUAAGAAAAGUAUAUGUUUACAGGCCCCCUGAUUCUGCCUGAAUGAAUACACUUUAAGAAAUGGUAGUGCCUGCCUCUGUAUAUAGACACGAUUACACCAUGUUUUCAAUCAGAGAACUUGAUAAUGCAUCUCACUCAUAUAGGGUGUAGCCAUGUAUAUAGAUUUAUUUGUACAUUUUUUUUGUGUCUUGUGGAAACCUGAUUUUACACAGCUUCUCUGAAAAUGGUUAAUGGAAAGUACUGUACAUCAUACACUUGAUUUCCAAAAGGUAUGAUGUGGGGAAAUUUUGGAUUUGUUGCAGACAAAAGAAAAAAAAUCUGCAAGUAGGAGUGGUCACAUUGCGUACGUAUUGAUGAGGAACGCCGAAACCGAGGGCGCGGCUCACGAGUUUUCCUUUCUGUGUCAUUCCAAAGGAUUCUGCAGCGUUCAGAAAUAAUUCACGAGCUCAAAGCAGGAGAUCGCCUUUUUAGGUUCAACCCAUAAGGAUGUCUCGCAAAUCAAAUUUUUAUCUUUGUUUCUUAAUCACGUUUAAACACCAAUGUCCCUUUUACGGAAAGGAAAAUGAGCUUUAUUUUAUACAAAACUCUUCAGAGAGGCAAAUCUUCUUCCCCUGUGUAUGCGUUGUGCAUUUUCACUGCAUUAAGUGAUUGGCAUGCUGUGGCUGAACACAGCAAGUAGCAUUGUAUUAUAAAUCUCUUGUCCUGUUAACACAAUAGCAUGUGCUUCACAUCGAGCAAUCCGUUGUUACCUGUCUAUCCAGUUUUGUUUUUUUGUUUUUUUUUUCAUUUUCACCCUGGGAAAACAUUGUCUGUGCUGAGACUUGAAAACAAAACAAAAGAACAAGAGAAAAUUCCUCUCUAUAAUAUAGCUGUUAUUUUGCAGAAACGCAUGAAAGCUGUUGUUCGGUGCAAAUCUUACUUAUAGGUGCAUACCAGGGAAUGUCCCCUCACACAGGGGCAUUCCCACUAGUUAUCGACUCAUCUGGAGGUGAACGUAGCUGGUGUCAUCUUCACGCGGCGUGACGGACUUUCUUGACGGACUUUCUGAAGGGACCUUGCACGCGGAAGUGCAGCCUCAUCAUGAACAUUCCUCAUGCCUUAAUAUCCUCGCCGUUUCUCCUCCCCACCCACCCGCCCAACCAGCCUGGUCUGACGCUUAAGAAGCUUUAUGUGAAUGGACAGAAUGAUCGAAGACCAGGCAGCGUUAUUUGCUCUUGCACAAUAGCUUUCUCAUUCAUACACAUUUCUAGCAAAUUGCUGUAAAAUAGCAUCAAUCCAAGUACGAUGCAGGUGACCUCACCUGGUUCUUUUCGUAAUAGUAGCACGGUAAUAUACAUUAUGUAUAUUAUACAUAUACAUUAAUAUACAUUAUGUAUUGCAGUAGUGCAAUGUUGGUGUUUUGUUUCUUUCCUUCCCUCUAAACCUUCACAAGUCAGCUUGUUUGUGAAUGAAUGAAUUCUGCAAGCACUUUUUGGGAACUAAAGUGAGUUUGGUGGUAUUAAAUUCCAGUUACAAACUGGACAUGAACUCUCUAAAGGGCUUACCGGUGUUUCCGAGGGCAUGUCUCUGACAUUUUUUUGUCACUUUGACAAUCCGUAUUGCUAGAAAUGGGACCAGUCUUUUUUUUUUUUUUUCUUCCAUCACUCAAAAACAUUAAAACAGCCACCUAUAAAAUAAUCUUAACUGCUAUGUAUGAGUAAUACUGUUAUGCUUGUUUGUGGUUUCUAUUGUUGUGUCACGUAUGGAUGUGCUCUCUGUGGGCUGUCGUGAACGAAAACUCCCGAGCGGGUUUCCGUCAUUCAGCCCUGUCUGAAACAUAUGCAAAAAUCUCAAACAGGAUUAUCGGUCUGCUGCAACUCAGUGUCCAGUCCAUUCAUUUCUAUGUGAGGGUGCGAAAAGAAAAAAAAAAAAAAAGGUGUAACAAAUUGCCAAAUAAAUCACUUUAAAUUA